AUGGAACAUCAAACAUAUCAAUUUAAACGACGCAGAAUAGAUCCUAAGACCAAACUUCCGCAGGAUUUAGGGCCUGGAGCUGCAACCCUCUACAUGGCAUUAUCCUAUACGACCCGUUGGCGACACACAUUGCCUUUGACAUGGAGGUUUCUUUACAAAGUUGGGAUUCCCGGGCUAAGUCUUGAUUUCUUUUCAAGUGGUCAAAAUGAGGAUGGUGGCAUAAAAAACGAAGAAUUGGAUAAAAGGAGUCUUUAUCAUAGUUUUGACAAGAAGUUUUUGCCUAUUGUUGGUGAUGAUGAGUUUGAUGGAAUCGCAAAAGACAUAGCGAUUAAUGGAGGCUGGUUAUUUUAUGAUAUUAUAGUAGCACUUAGUGGAGCUUCUCAGAUCCUUAAAACAAGAGAAAUUAGAAAAUCUGGGGAAAGGAUUGAAAAUGCAAUAGUCAAAUUCCAUGAGUGGAUGUUAUUUCUUUUCCAUCCAAAUGAAGAACCAAGUAAAUUUUCAAACCUUGUAAUUCAUGUGGCCCGUUAUCAUCCUCUCCAUAAUGGUUCGCUGGAAAAUUGGGUUUCUCGAGAUCUCAAAAAUCAGCUAAACAAAGUGAAAAUUACAGAAUCAACUUUCAGACGUACUGGGUCAUGCUACGUGAUAGCUCUUUACGAGGUUGGUUCCACGCUUGUUGUAACGUUGGGGGUGAUUCACAGAAAUGAUCAUGGAGCAUAUGGCCCGUUACGAGUCAUCAAUGCAUUCAUGGUUAUUCCUGGAAUUAAUGCUCCUAAAAAAGAAAAGUUCUCAACUGUAAAAAUCAAGGUUGAGGAUGGAACUAGUGAACAGAAAAUCAAACUGGAACCCCCCAGAACAGAUGAGCGAUGGGCAUGUCCUGCGUGGGCAGCUGCUAUCAAGAUAGGAUUGGUAGUUAGCGCCGCAGUCCGAGAUGGGUGA